AUGCUGUGCAUCAACAUUUAUGAGCCAGCACCCCCUACUGGGCCCACACAGCAGCCCCUGGAGACUCUGGGCAACUUCCGCGGGUGGCACAUUAGGACUGAGAAGGUCCAGCGUAACUGCAGCUGGACGGUGAAGCAGCAGUGUGUGGAUCUGCUGGCCGAGGGGCUGUGGGAGGAGCUGCUCGACGACGAGCAGCCGGACAUCACGGUCAUGGACUGGUAUGAGGACAGCCGGCUGGACGUGUGUGUCUACGAGCUGCACGUCUGGCUGCUGGCAGCUGACCGCCACACCACCAUUGCGCAGCACCAUGUGGCCCCCCGGACCUCUGGGAGGGGCCCUCCUGGCUGCUGGGUCCAGGUGUCGCACGUGUUCCGCCAGUACGGCCCUGGUGUGCGCUUUGUCCAUUUCCUGCACAAGACAAAGAACCGGCUGGAGCCUGGUGGGCUGCGGCGGACAAGGGUGACUGACUCCUCCGUGUCUGUGCAGUUCAGGGAGUGA